AUGCUUUAUAAUUCUCAGCAAGCACCGAAAAAGGAUUGGUCUUCAACUGUACAAUAUCAAAGUUAUACUCCGGAUAAGCGUGUAACAAAAGUUUGGCUGUUUGCUCUGGCUAUUGUUUUACUUACACUAAGCGUUGCAGCUUUAGUGAUUGUUUUUUCUGUUGAACAUAAUUGGUUUUAUGAUAGCUACAAUAUUACACAGACUAAUAAUGGUGCAUCGUAUACAAUUCACUAUGGUCUUUGGCGUUUAUGUUUUUAUGCUAAUCAAACAUGUGCUAGUUGGUUUUCAAAUGAUCCGCCGCAUAAUCUCUAUGUUGAACAACGUCUUCAACAAGCUCAAGUUGGCAUCAAUGCAUGGCAAGCACUUGAAAUUGUAUUUUUAUUCUUAACAGCAUCGACAUUAAUUAUUGCUUUAGUCGCUAUUAUUUACUAUAAGUUUGACAAGACUAUUCAUUAUUAUUUAGCUGUAUUAACUGGAUUUUGUAUUUGGCCAGCAGCUGCCGUUGGUAUAUCGAGUUUAUUUGUUUUUGGAUUUUCUGUUUAUGGUGUUGCAGUAAAUCCAAAAGGUCUCGAUUGGUGUUUUUAUGUUAAUAUUGCUGCUGUUGCUCUCUCGAUUAUCGGUGCUAUCGCCUUGACAAUUUAUGAUAUUCUUUUAAAAAAACCGAUCAAAACUGAUGACAAUGAUACUGUUAUCGGCACAUUUAUGGGUAUUAAUGAUUAUCCAGCUGAUUUAAAUCCACCUACAGUAGUUGCUGCUAAGCGACAUAAGAAACAACAGAGGAGACCUUAUGAUCAUCAAGACAUGUUUUAUCCAAAUCCAUAUUAUCCAGGAAAACCAGUUAAUAUUUCCAAUACUGAUUAUGUAACGAAUCCUAAUCAUCAAAUGCUUGCACCUUAUACAUCUUUAACAAAUAAUGAACAGAUAAAUCCUGCUUUUCAACAACAAGUUUGGGCUCCAUAUCGAGGUUCUUCUGUUUUACACUCACCUUCAGCGAAUUCAAUGCCACCACAACCAUGGCAAUCUCAACCACCAACAUCUUCAUAUCCUUAUGAGCCACCAUAUUGGCAUCGACCAGCACCAAACCCAAUGAAUUAUCAUACUGAACCUGUUAAUGAAUACGUGCAACGUGGACUUUAUCGACCGAAUCGAUUAAAUCCAAUGGAACGAACUUUCGACCCAAAAGAAGAACCACGUGUACUACAUUAUUAUACGGGUCACAAUGAAUUUUCUGCAGUCGAUCCAGCUGAUGCUGUUUCACCAAGAAAUAGUGCAUCUUUACAAGGACCCAAUUCUGGCGCACGAUAUAAUGCUAAUCCUUCUUAUUAUCAACAAAAAGUCUAUUGA